AAUACUUUAACUGUUCACUUUUUUCUUGUAUAUUUUUAUAUAUUUAAUGAUGCGUUCAGAAGAAUCACCUAUGGACUUUACAUAUGAGAAUCCUCGUCUUGGAGAUGAUGUAAAUUCGCCGUUUAGUCUUUCAAGUAUCUCUAAAUGCCUUGGAAAUAGUGAUUUUUCUAAAAAACGAAGUUUUAUAGAAACUUUGGAAAAAAAUGUUCCAACAGCAGGAACAUCUUUUAGAUCAGCUGCAGAUGGUGCUCAGUUUUUAUUUUCUACACCAAAAACAAAUUAUGGUUCUAAAAAAAUAACAUCAAAUUCACAAUUUAUAAAUGAAGCACCAACAGAUAGCUCGGGUUUAGAUAAUACACCAGAUCCAGAAAGAAUGGUAGAAGGUCAUAAUGUUUUAGAAAAGAAUCAUUUUUCUUUAAUUAAUAUGAAAAAUAAUAAAAUAAGUCAAGGUGUUAUAAAAAAGAUUAAGAAAAAACGUUCAUCUAAGAAGAAUGGUGAACGUAGGUUUUGGGAUGGAAAUUGUGUGGACAGUGAUGAUGAAACGACUAUGCCUCUUCAGACGAAUAAUUAUUUUACUAAUUGGUCUCUUAAUGCUCAUAGAGACAUUCCUUAUAUUGCAUCAGGGUAUCUACAGUUAUUUUUUAAUAUAUUUCUUCUGGGUGUUUUAUUAUAUUUUGUUAUUGCUUUUGUUAGGACAAUUCAAAGGGAUGUUGAUCAAAAGGUAGAUGAGUAUUCUGCUGAAAUUUUACAAGAAAUGUCAUUAUGUUCAAAAGAAUAUACUGAAAAUCGAUGUUCUCCGGAUCACAGAGUUCCUGCAAUGGAACGGGCUUGUGCUGCUUGGGAAAGAUGUAUGAAUCGAGAUCCUACUGUUGUUGGUCGUGCAAAGGUUUCUGCUGAGACAUUUGCAGAAAUUAUUAAUAGUUUUAUUGAGCCCAUAUCUUAUAAAACUAUGAUAUUUUGUAUUUUGAUAAUAUUUGGAUCAGUUUUUAUAUCAAAUUUUGCAUUUGGAUUUUUUAGGGCAAAAAGUAUAAAUCAUCCUCAUCCAUACAUGGCUGCUGCUGCACCAUACUUUACUGACAAUGUUUAUAAUUAUCAACAAUAUCGUAAACAAUCAGGUAAUAAUUUACGUAAUUCAAGAAGGAUGAUAUAUGAAUCAUGAUUGUAUAUAUUAUUGGUUUAUAAUUGUUUUUUUCAUGAAUCAA